AUGGCUGCCUCCGUGGGCGCUGCGUUCCUCACCACACCGGCACCCAGGACCAGCCCAGCGCGGCACUCUCACUCCACCUCCGGGGCUCCACCAGUCCGGGGCCGCUUUAUAAAGGGAGCGGAGGACCGGCCUUUGCCCUCUGCCCUGAGGUGUGCUGUAGGGGUGAUUGUGCUGCCAGAGGGUAGGAGAGGGGUCAAGGAGAGUGAGGCGCACGGGCGCCCACUGUCCCUCACGCGUGCUCUCCACGUGCUUCCGGAGGUGGCUGGAGAGCACAAGAAGUCGCCCUCCCCCGGCCUGACUCCCCAGCUCAGCAGAGUCGAGGAAGAAUCCAGGGUGUUGGGAAUGGGUUCUGCCACCACCUGCCGCCUGUCAGCCUCUAAUGCGGCCACAGCCCCGUUCCCAGAACGUGUCCCUGUCCUCCUCCUAGUGGCCUUCGCCUCCCAACCCAUCGGGGAGACCUUAAGGCCAGUGUGGGGGCCGAUGGAUAAGUGCUACCCCGUGACCACUCAGAGACGCGGAGUCAGGAGUGGGAAGAAGCAUGAUUCUGAGGCCAUGAGCCCCGAGGCAAUGGGAGGACCAAACGACGCUUCCCCCAAGGCAGAAACUGCUGUUUUGUCUAUGGAGGAGCGACAGGUGGGGUACCCGGUGGAGGAACCAGUCAGCCUCAUUCCUGGUGCAAAGGGGGUGACUGAAAAGGAAGAGGUGGCAGGGACCCCAGGAUGGCAGGAGACUAAGAAGGCCCGAAAGGAGACGGCCGUGUACGUUUCAGAAGCUUCCGAGGAGCACAUCGUGGAGGAAAGGCCCAGGGGCUGGGUCCCCCAUCUCUUGAGGAAGCUCUGGCUGGGACGGUUCCCCGCCUCUGACAUCCCCAAAACUCGGAGCCACUAG